AAUCUUCAGGUGGAUCUGUUUUAACUACUAAAGGGGGAAACUAUUGGGUUGUUGGGCCGUAUUGUAUAUGCGGGUAAUUCUACUUUCGCUUUCAAACGUUACCUGGUUACGUUUUUGAAAAUUUCUAUGCUAAAAUUGUUUUCAAAUGUAAUCAUUGGCCAGUUUCUUGUAUUGAAUAUAUAUUAAUAUUAUCUGAACUAAAGAACCGUACAUCAGAAUUUAUCGAAUAUUUCAUCGCUAUUAAUCAUGGGUGACAUAGAAGUUGACUGUCCAAAUCUCCCGUGUAGUUGUACAACUACAAGAUACACUAACUUCGGACGAUCAAAUAGUCCUUUUGAUGGGAGGAAGAAAUCCUUUUCCAAGGUUGAUGCCAGUUUGGUGUCACCGUUUGGGGAGACAGAGCAUCUCCCAAGGAAUCAGUUCCAAAUUCCAUAUAUGUUUGUGGAUAACGAUAGCAAUGACAUUGAUAUGGUCUCUGACGAUCACUCUGAAAUUCUCUCGGGGAUCAAAGCUUCCUCAAGUAGGACACAGGAACCAGAAAAACAAGAUGCUGUGCACCAGUCAGGAACCAAAGCCAUCUAUCCUUCAAGUACAAACCGAGAAAAAGUGUCAGCACCAAUAUCAAUGGCUAAAUCCGUCUUCUUUGGAACCGAAUAUAAAAUGGACCACAGAAAAAUAGGGAGAGCACUAGUGAUUAACAACAUGCGCUACGCGGACAGACGGCAGCGGCCAGAGAGAGAAGACUCCAUCAAGGAUGCAUCGGCCAUGACUAACCUGCUGGAAACUCUGUCGUUUGAAACUGUGACCCGGAGGUCAGGGGGUCAGAAAGAGAUUCUGAUCAAUGACGUCUCGUCAUCACAGCUGAUGGAUAUCAUCAAGGAUGCCACGGAUCCGGCUCUGAAUGACUACAGUGAUUGUGACUGCUUUGUGAUGGUCAUCCUUAGUUACGGGAUAGAUGGCGCUGUCAUGUGUUGUGAAGGAGAGACGGACAAACUGAUUCCAGUGGAACAGAUUAUCAGUCAGUUCCAAGCUGACAAAUGCCCCUCACUUGCCAUGAAACCAAAGCUUUUCUUUAUGCAGCUGUGUCCGGCCUUUACCUACAACAUUGCCGACUGUGUAAAAGACACUGGUUCAUCCUCAUCCCGAUUACAGCCAGAAAUACAGAGUAUCCCCACAGAGGCGGAUAUUCUCUGUCAAGUUUCUACAAUCCCUGGCAUAUAUGGCUGGUAUGAAGAUGACAGUGCUUUAUCCUGGUACAUCGAAGGCCUGAAAGAGGCGUUACAGAAACACUUGUAUAACCCCUUACGAGACGGUCGAAGGUCGGGGGAAAUCUUCGACGUCAUCUUCCACGUGAAUCGGCUGUACCUGGGUAAGCUGGAGGAGCAGGGGAUACGCCCCAGCCAGAGCUACUCUGUCCCCCACACCACCUCCACCCUCACAAAGUCGCUGCAUUUCCUGCCCAAGAACAGGACAAUGUAGAAAUUGUUUUGUGUUUGUUAAAAAUUAACCUGUUUUUGUGACGGUUGAAAAAUACGUGUGUACUGGUAGAUUACAGGAAAGCUUAAAUUAUAUAUUUUAAUCAUUUUGCAUGCAUUUUAUUACAGGCAUUUGCAUUUUCGUGCAAAUAUAUUCAUCAACUUUAUUACCCCAACAGUCAUAAUAAGAUAACCCCUGGAACCGGUACAUGUACUAACAAUAUUUAUUUUUUAUUCCAAAAUAACUAUUAAAAGGGUUUUAUAUUCAAAACAAGUAAAAUAUACAUAUAAAAUAAACAUAGAUAUUGGUAAUAAUAGAAGUUCCCAUAAAUGCUUUUAUAAAACAACUCGUGCAUAUUAUAAUUGAUUGAGUUACACAUUUACAUUACUAAUAUGUAUGUAUUACAUUUGUGGGUCUCGGCCAUUUGACGUGAAUUUAAUUCAAUCAUAGCAUACAUGAUAUGAAAAGCAGUAUCUUUAAUUUGCUGCUGUUUCAAAAUCAAUAAAACGACUAGUUUGACAGCUGUACUUUUAAAAAUUUAUAUAAAUAUGUACAUUUCUCCCUAAGUUUCCCAAAAUCUUAUGGACUGCAAAUAUCAACAUAAAAAAUAUAAUCAUAAUCUUACCAGUUUAAAUUGUAUUGUUCUAUUUAUUAUUAAUAUAUACGCAUUCUUUAAACUCUUAAACCUGCCUUCAAAUGCAUUAUGAAAAGUCUGUAUUUUGUAAACAGAAUACUUUUACUCAAGUACUGUGCAUGUUAUAAAUAACCUAAAUUACAAAGUUAGGUGGCGUCAUGUUUUAGAGCCAACUUUUAUCACUAUGCGUUAAUUAUUUUGAUUGAAACUUGUAUAGCUGCAGUUAAUAUGAUCACGGACUUACGUCAAACUUCCAGUUAAUUAACUUUCUUCCAUCAUUCGGCAUCCUAACAGAUUCUGGUUACCUUCUAUAUAUGAAAGAAUUGGCUUCUCAGUCAACAUACUUAUUGAAAAUGGCACAAUAAAUGUAGAUUCAGAGA